UCACUGCCAGAUGCUGAACGUAAAAGGCUAGAACAGAUGGUAGCACAACAGAAAUUGGACGAUGUACCAGAGGAUGUUCGGGAAGCAAUAAGACAGAUGGACGCUGCAGAAAAUGCACAAAUCAAUAAAGAGCAAGAAGAGAAGCAGCUACCUCCUGAGGUCGUAGACUGGGAGGAGAGCAAAGUAUACAAAUUUAUGGACCAGGACACCAAGAGGAGAGUCCAGAAAUACUGGCAAAAUGCACCAUCAGGAGUAUACUUCUGGGAUGGAAGACAGUAUGGAGCACAAGUUUCAAGACAGGAUUUAAAAGACAUGAUCAUGGACGAACCGAUAGCAAGCAAUUGCAUCGAAUGUUAUGGAAUUCUCUUGACUGAUCAGCUGUUGGAGAAAGAAUCACAAGGAUUGGAUGUCCCAACUUUUAUGAAUCCCUUGUGCUGGAAUUCUGCAGAAAAUUUGACGGUGUAUUAUGUACAUCUGUACCUAUGCGAACCACUGUUCCAGAAUCUGGCAAGAUCCAACUAUAUAUUGUUCCCAAUCUCACAUGAAUCAGGAUUUCAUCAUACACUGCUCAUUUUUGACAAGGAAUUAAAGAACUGGUACCACUGUGAUUCAAAAAGACCGAAAAAAUCAUCAACUGGAAAAUCCUUUAAAAAUGUACAAAAAAUGGUUGACAUGGUAGAACUUUGGAUGACAGUAGUAAAAGAACAAGCCGAUGACAUGCUGGAACAGGGAUGCAGAAUGAAAUUUGAUGAAAAGAACAGUUCAGAAGAAGAACUGAAAAUGAUGGAAGUUCCAUUGACUGAAACCGAGAGAGAAAGCAUAAAGUGGAUCAAGAAUAACUAUAAAACAAAAAUGGCAGUGACAGAACUCAAAGACAGCCCUCAGCAAGGAGAAGAUUCAUUGGAUUGCGGACUUUUUGUAAUGUACACAAUGGAGACAAUUUCGAAAAAAGGGAGAGUUCCAAAGAAGCUCACAAAGGAUGAUAUUUUGAAGUUUAGAGCUCAUGUUGUAAAGUCAUUUGCAGAAAGUAGGCACAGCUGGAACUCAACACAUGAAGAAUCGUAGAAAUUUGUUUAGGGAAUAGGAUAGGUUAUAUAGUUUUUUCGAAUUGAUUCAUCAUAUAUAUCCAUUCAUUUGUUCAAUCGGAAUUUCAAUUUUUUAAUA